GGCGAGCUUGAACCGUGUGCCAAGCACCGAGUUACAAGUCAUCCGAGUUCACAUCGUGCAGAACAGAACUGUAUACGCUGCUGACGAGAAAGCUUAACACAUUUUCAAGCAACGAAACGAGGAAAAUUUCGUGGGCAAACAAGCAGUAUUCUCAAAGGAAAAAAUAACAACAAAAAUGAGCAGUGUGAAUAAAAGAAUUUUUAAUUGAUUUGAAAUCAAAUUCGAAAAAACUAUCGAUCAGAAUUACAAAAGAAACAACUAAGCAAACAAGCGCACAAUGAAACUGAUAAUAUUAAAGAUGGUGAUAAGGGAAUUCUAGUCCGGAAGAAAAUCAAGUCAAAUAAAACAAAUUCAAGUCAAAUAUGAAAUAGUCUCAAGGAGAAGUCAAGCAUCCGAUUUCCACGUUUCAACAUUUGUGAGGACCAGAAGCAGCAGCAGCAGAAGCAGCAGCAGCAGCAGAAGGAACAACGACAGCCCACAAAUCGUCUACACAUUGAUGUGCGAUUUGAGCGUGUGAAUGUUGGCAGCCCUGGAGCCCUGCCUCGGUGGUUUAGCCUGUACUAGGGGAUGUCGGGGUGUGAUCAAAGCACUGUCGAAUCAUUGGCCGAUGAUCCAACAGAUUCACCAUUCGAUGCCGAUGAUUGUCUCAAAGUUCGCAAGUACUGGUGCUUUCUGCUGUCCAGCAUCUUUACAUUCCUUGCUGGCCUGCUCAUUGUGCUGCUAUGGCGGGCAUUCGCGUUCAUCUGCUGCCGCAAGGAGCCCGACCUGGGACCCAACGAUCCCAAGCAGAAGGAGCAGAAGGCGUCCCGCAACAAACAGGAGUUCGAGGGCACCUUUAUGACAGAAGCAAAAGACUGGGCUGGAGAGCUUAUCUCGGGUCAAACAACAACUGGUCGAAUUUUGGUCGUACUCGUAUUUAUACUCAGCAUUGCAUCCCUCAUUAUAUACUUUGUUGAUGCAUCUAGCGAAGAAGUCGAAAGAUGCCAAAAGUGGAGUAACAACAUUACUCAACAGAUCGAUCUCGCAUUCAAUAUAUUUUUUAUGGUUUACUUUUUUAUACGAUUCAUAGCGGCGUCCGAUAAGCUUUGGUUUAUGUUAGAAAUGUACAGUUUUGUAGAUUAUUUUACAAUACCCCCGUCCUUCGUAUCAAUAUAUUUAGAUCGAACAUGGAUCGGUCUUCGAUUUCUUCGAGCGCUACGUCUCAUGACUGUUCCAGAUAUUUUACAAUAUUUAAACGUACUAAAAACAUCGAGCUCCAUACGCUUGGCUCAACUAGUAUCAAUUUUUAUAUCCGUGUGGUUAACAGCAGCGGGCAUUAUACAUCUGCUGGAGAACUCUGGCGAUCCGCUGGAUUUUAAUAAUGCUCAUCGUUUAUCGUAUUGGACCUGUGUCUAUUUCCUAAUUGUGACCAUGUCAACGGUAGGAUAUGGUGACGUUUACUGUGAGACUGUCCUGGGAAGAACAUUUCUCGUGUUCUUUCUGCUCGUCGGCUUGGCCGUUUUCGCUAGUUGGAUACCAGAAAUCACUGAACUGGCCGCCCAGAGAAGCAAAUAUGGUGGAACAUAUAGCAAGGAUCCUAGAAAAAGACAUAUUGUGGUAUGCGGUCAUAUAACAUACGAGUCCGUGUCGCAUUUCCUGAAGGACUUUCUCCACGAAGAUCGGGAGGAUGUCGAUGUCGAAGUGGUCUUUCUCCAUCGUAAACCACCCGAUUUGGAACUUGAGGGUUUGUUCAAACGUCAUUUUACCACCGUGGAGUUCUUCCAAGGAACCAUUAUGAAUCCGAUUGAUCUGCAAAGGGUUAAGGUUCACGAAGCCGAUGCCUGCCUUGUGCUAGCUAACAAAUAUUGCCAAGAUCCCGACGCAGAAGAUGCUGCCAACAUCAUGAGAGUGAUCUCCAUCAAGAACUACAGCGACGACAUUCGUGUCAUCAUCCAGCUGAUGCAGUACCACAAUAAGGCGUACUUGCUCAACAUACCAUCGUGGGACUGGAAACAGGGCGACGAUGUCAUCUGCCUGGCCGAGCUGAAGCUGGGCUUCAUUGCCCAGAGCUGUCUGGCCCCCGGAUUCUCCACCAUGAUGGCCAAUCUGUUUGCCAUGCGAUCGUUCAAGACGUCGCCAGACAUGCAGUCUUGGACAAAUGAUUACCUGCGCGGCACUGGCAUGGAAAUGUACACAGAAACAUUGAGUCCCACAUUUAUUGGAAUACCAUUUGCUCAGGCCACUGAGCUGUGUUUUUCCAAGCUGAAGCUGCUGCUGCUCGCCAUCGAGAUCAAGGGAGCCGAGGAGGGUGUGGACAGCAAAAUUUCGAUUAACCCGCGCGGGGCCAAGAUUCAGGCCAAUACGCAGGGCUUUUUCAUAGCACAAAGCGCCGAUGAGGUGAAGCGUGCCUGGUUCUACUGCAAAGCCUGCCACGAGGACAUCAAGGACGAGACGCUGAUCAAGAAAUGCAAAUGCAAAAACUUGACUGUUCAGCCCAGGAGCAAAUUUGAUGACUUAGAUGUCGGCAUGAUUAUGAUGCAGACGGGCAUGGUCAACCAAGGCAUCACAUCGGUGAUGAAUACAAUGGAGGAUGAACACCAUCCUGCACCCACAUUUACGCCUCCAGAGCUACCCAAGCGGGUGCAUGUGCGUGGAUCUGUAUCGGGUGAUAUCACACGUGACAGAGAAGAUACGAAUCUACUCAAUCGCAAUGUGCGCCGUCCUAAUGGCACUGGCAACGGUACAGGGGCCAUGCAUCAUAUGAACAACACGGCUGCCGCAGCCGCCGCUGCUGCCGCGGCGGGCAAGCAGGUGAACAAGGUGAAGCCCACGGUGAAUGUGAGCCGGCAGGUCGAGGGUCAAGUAAUAUCGCCGUCGCAGUACAACAGGCCACCAGAGAAUGAUGCUAACCCUUAUGCGGGCUAUCAACUUGCUUACGAAGUUAAAAAGCUCAUGCCGACGAGUCGCAGCUCCGGCACGGGCACGCAGAAUCAAAAUGGCGGCGUUUCAUUGCCCGCCGGCAUAGCGGACGACCAGUCGAAGGACUUUGAUUUCGAGAAGACCGAAAUGAAGUACGACUCGACGGGCAUGUUCCACUGGAGUCCGGCAAAGAGCUUAGAAGACUGCAUACUGGAUCGCAACCAGGCGGCCAUGACAGUGCUGAAUGGUCAUGUGGUCGUCUGUCUGUUCGCCGAUCCCGAUUCGCCGCUGAUCGGUCUGCGGAAUCUGGUGAUGCCCUUGCGGGCGUCCAAUUUCCACUACCAUGAGCUGAAGCAUGUGGUGAUUGUGGGAUCGGUGGACUACAUCCGGCGGGAGUGGAAGAUGCUGCAGAACCUGCCCAAGAUAUCGGUGCUGAAUGGCUCGCCCCUGAGUCGCGCCGACCUGCGGGCGGUCAACGUCAAUCUGUGUGAUAUGUGCUGCAUACUGUCGGCCAAAGUUCCUAGCAACGACGAUCCCACGCUGGCCGACAAGGAGGCCAUCCUCGCCUCGCUCAACAUCAAGGCCAUGACCUUCGAUGACACGAUCGGCGUGCUCAGCCAGCGCGGCCCGGAGUUCGACAACCUGAGCGCGACCGCCGGCAGCCCGAUUGUGCUGCAGCGUCGCGGUUCAGUGUAUGGCGCCAAUGUGCCCAUGAUUACAGAACUGGUCAAUGAUAGUAACGUGCAGUUUCUCGAUCAAGACGACGACGAUGAUCCAGAUACAGAGCUGUAUCUGACGCAGCCCUUUGCCUGCGGCACAGCCUUCGCUGUGAGUGUGUUAGACUCACUGAUGUCCACGACAUACUUCAAUCAAAACGCCUUAACGCUGAUCCGCUCACUGAUCACGGGCGGAGCCACACCCGAGCUGGAGCUGAUCCUUGCCGAGGGAGCCGGCCUGCGCGGUGGCUACAGCACCGUGGAGAGUCUGAGUAAUCGAGACAGAUGUCGAGUGGGCCAGAUAUCCCUAUACGAUGGCCCGCUGGCGCAGUUCGGAGAGUGCGGCAAGUACGGGGAUCUGUUCGUGGCCGCCCUCAAGUCGUACGGCAUGCUGUGCAUAGGCCUGUACCGGUUCCGGGACACCAGCUCCAGCUGUGAUGCGAGCAGCAAACGAUAUGUAAUAACCAACCCACCCGAUGACUUUUCACUACUGCCAACAGAUCAGGUAUUCGUUUUAAUGCAAUUCGAUCCGGGGCUGGAGUACAAGCCGCCAGCGGUGCGAGCACCCGCCGGCGGACGCGGCACCAACACACAAGGCUCCGGGGUCGGAGGGGGCGGCUCCAACAAGGAUGAUAACUCUUGAUUGUUACUGUGUAGCGCCUUAACUGAUGGUCCUUAUUCGUACAUUUGAACGGUGGAGAAGAUCAUUCAAAGCAGAGCAUCGCAUUUCUGGCACCUAUCUAUAGAACUAUUGGCAUAAGAUUCGAUCCGCAAAACAAACAAAACCCCAACAAAGACAUAUUUGUAUGUAUCGAUUGUACCGUGUACAAAACUGAAAUCAAAAGCGUUAACUAGUUAGAAAUCCCCCAAAAAAGCUGGGUGCCAGCAGGUGUGUUGCUCUGUCCCUUCAUGUGUGUGGAGGCGUGCGACGCGAUGUACUUUGUCCAUCCCAAUUAACAAUCAAGAGACAGCCCGAACAACGCCAGAGCAACUGCAACGUCAACGGUAGCGCCGCCUGCCUCCACAUAUAUGUGGGGCAUUAAUUCAGAUCAGGGGAGCAGAACAUCAUCCCCGUUAUCCAUCGUUCAAUUGCCAACUGAUUGCUUCCCACAUCAUUCCGUAUGCCUUUUUAGAACCUUGAAAUUAACAUAUUCUUAUUCUAUUAUAUUUUAUUCUAUUCUAUUCUCCGUAGUUAUAUUUAUAAUUUUACCACUACUCUUACUCUGCAUUGGUUUAUCUGCUACACACUUAAUUAUUACCCUUCUUAUUUUGUAAUCUUUUCUGUGCCCCCAAUAAAAUAUUCUUGUUUACGCGUUGAGUUUAUGAUUUGGAUACCAAUCAAUCCCUGUUCGAUUUAGUAAUUGAAGCAACAAUCAUUAGUUAUAUCGAUGGGUAUGUAUUUACGUAUUCGUUAGUUCGUUAAAUAAUCAUUUACAUUUAAAUUAAAGUUUACAUUUAGUCAUCUUUAAUCACUUAUUUCAUGUCAUUUUGGUUUACACUUGAGUUCAGUUCAUGGCGCUAUCAUUGCAUAAGAAUUAAUCGAUCAAUUCUAAACGAAAAAUCCAUCUUAAUGGUGUGACGUAAGCAAUUGGGAACCAUUAGUGAGGUAAGCUACACAUUAAACAAGGAAAACAGCCAAUCGACCAGACCAGAUCGAUUGGCAGAAACUACAACUAAAACUAGGUCUAAGUACUAAACGAAACGAAACACAAGACACAAUCUAUGUACUUUCACCGACACCAACAACUGUCUCAGAGUCUUUCUCUAAGCUGCAGACUAGCAGCAGCAACUACGCAACAAUUUAUACAUAACAAAAAACACACAUAGAACUCAACAAGACACAGAUGCGAGCAGAGGUAGAGAUGAUACAUCCAGUAUCCUGUAUGCUGUACCCUGUACCCUGCAUACAGGGCGAUGGGGCUUAAACGAAUUGUUGUUGUGCCAGCAUACAAAUUCAAAAACUGCAUUUAGAAGUUUCUGAGCAUGCGCAAAAUGAUUUAUAUAGAGCGAGUCAUACUGUAAUCAUUUAACUUUAAAAGUAUAACUAAACACAAAUAUUGAUUAGCGACUAUUAAAGGCCAACAAUCAGCUAGCUAAUUCGUACACUUAAAGCAAAUGCAACUACCAAUACGAAGCUCGACUCGAAUACGAUAUUUUAUUGAAUCUAGAAAGCAGGUAAAAGCCAGAGUUAGGCCAGAGGUUGUUUCAGCAAAGGAUUAUAAAGAAAGGACUACUUACAUACAUACGUAUGUAUGUACUACCCAAGCAAGAAGCUAGAAGAAUUACACAUAACUAAUGCUUUUUAACUCGACUUAACACGUCAUCUCCUUGUGGGGACAGACUUCAACUUUGCUAAUUCGAAAUUCAAAAACUUUUCACACUUACAUUUUCACCUACAAACACACACACACACACACAUAGACACAAAAUACUCAAAACAAAAUACUGUAAGUAGCGCAUUCAAAUCAUUCAAAUUAUCCAAUCUAGAGUACAACUAUAUACCUAGUGAGGUAUAGAGUGCCAGGAUCAGCUGAUGAAAACGUAGUUAGUAAUAUUUUUUAGUGUACGAGUAUGUGAAUGUGUGCGCUUUUUACCAGCGAUUUACGAGCAGCAUCUGUGGUGUUCUAAACAAUUUUUGAUAGAUACAAUCGGUAAACCAAAUCGAAGGACGACAACGUUCUGUGUUCUCCGUUUUUCUCAGACUUUUCUCCUUCUCCGAUCUGUAAAUCUAAACGAACUUCUAUCAAUCUUUCACGCACCUGCGCUCGAGCCGCCAAAAGGGUAACGCUCUGUUUUUUGUACAUAGCCUGUAAAUAUACCUAUAUAAAGUAACUCCAGAUAGUAUCUCGGAUAUGUUAUCGUUUCGUUGUGCAACCAGUUUACCAGGUACCAUAAAUUUGUAUGUAAUUUGUUCAAAUGAUAAACACUGCCAAAGCGUAUAGAAAUCACAUUAAAUGUAGAUCAGCCAACCCGAAGCAGAUAGCAUUCAUCCGACAAAAAUGGGUAAUACGAAUACCAGCGUAAUAGAAGCGAAACAAGAACACGGCACAGAGCAGCAGCAGCAGCAUUCAAUGAUUAGGUUUGUUUCCACCCAUGAUUAGCCAAUAACAAAUUUAAGUAAAACGAAUUCGAGCUUUUAAAAUUAAUACAUCAAAAACCAAAAGGGGAGAACGUAAGGGAAAUAAGUGAAUGAGAAUAACGAGUUCAUUAUCGUUUUGUAUCUGAUUUGUAGGGGAUUUUUGUGUAGCCUAGGCUUACCCAGAACGUAAACUUAAAUAAAUAUGUGAAUAUUAUGCGCCUUCGAAACUUAUGUAAACGUGUAUGUAGCCGUGCAAUGUGAGAAAACAUUUAAACUCCAUUUAAAGUAAACGUAAACGUAACGGUAAAGGUAAAGGUAAAGGAAAAGGAAUUAGUCAGGUGUAAAUGUUAAUGAAUGAAGGGCAGAGCAUAGCAUAGCUUAGCAUAAAACAUAAGACGACUAGAUAUCGUGGCAAGAAGUUCAUUAUUGUUAAUGCUAAAUUUAAAACUAAAUAUUAAAUCGAUUAACAACAACCGCAUUUGCAAUCCUAAAAUAACAAGAGAUAGACAACCAGUGAGAGGAGUAGCGAAAACCCAAAAGUUAAACAUAAUUUUUAAAUGAAUAUACUAGGCAUUACAUUUAUAGAAAUCUCACCUACACGUACACAGAUACACACCAAGUCACAUAAGAACACAAAUACACACACACCUACACAAACACAACAGCGAAGACCCCAACAACAAGAACAAAAUGAACUCUCGAUGUUGUGAAACUUGAUCAAAUCAUGUUUACGCUAUAACAGAUCAAUAGGAAACCAACUAAAUAAGACCACAUACUAUUCAGAAGCAUACCCGAAUACCCAAACAUACCCAAAAGCUUCUUGAUAACAUACAAAAAGAAAAACAAAAAUUAGCCCCAAACCAAUAUCGAAGAAAGAACUCUCCGACAAAGCUGCCUUUGCCAUUCAUAUUUCCAAUUGAAUAAAGUUCAAAUACUUUUUCCACUUCGCUUCAUCGACAAGUUCUCAGCAGCUUUGUUCACAAGAAAAAGCUAUAUACAGACACAUAUAUAUUAAUUAAAUCGCAUAAAACUAUUCAAUGCUGUAUAACUAACUUUAAGGGAAAACUUUUUAUAGAAAAUCGGUGAAUAAAAAUGCAAAAAAAAUAUAUAAAAAAUAUAUAUUAUCAUACUCGUAAAUGUGAAGCUAUGCAGCAUUUUACUGUAGUUAGAUUUUUUGUAUAGAAUCAACGUUUGCAGCUAAACAAAAAAAAAACAAACAAAAA